UAUUCGUCAAAUAAAUAUCUUAAAAUGAUAUGGGCAAAAGAGAACAAAUCGAUUAUUCUUAAUGCAUUUUUGCGAUUCCUAAAUACUACUGGAAUUAGUAUUAAAUUCUUAUAUAUUCCAAACCUUUCUAUUCCCAUUAAAUUAAUGUUUGAUAAAUUUGCAUUUAUUCUGUGAUUUCUUUGUUGGGUUCAUUUCGAAUGUGAUGAUGGCUAUCACAUUAAACUAUUAUUAUUAUUAUUAUUAAUCAACAAACUUCAAUAUCAACGAACAAGACGCAAUAACUUCAAAAUUCCAACAAAGCAAUAAAAAAAUUCGAACCAAAUUCUCCUGUUAUAAUAAUCGUCAUUCUAUUCUAUUCACAUCAUCUAUUGGCCUUCAUUUUAUGUUCUUUUCACUUUUAUUUCAGUUACAAAAAUUUCCACUAAAUUUGCUUCAAAAUGAGUUUCGUUUGGAAACGCCUUCAACGAGUAAACAAACGUGCUGUUAAAUAUCGUAUUCUUUUCGAACUUCAUGAAUUAAUUGUUGAAGGAUGCUCAAAAUGGCAACCGAACAAAUUGGUUGUCGUGUUCACUCGUCGAAGUCGACGCCGCUGUAGUCAACCGAUGAUUUGGGAACCAACCAUACGUAAUCCAUACUUAGGUUCUGUACAAUGGACAUUGCCUGAAAUCAUUGAUAUCGAAGUAACAUUGUUCAAAGAUUCACAUGGCCGUUUUGAAUCAAAAGAUUGGACAAUUUCAAUUGAGGACAUCUCACCAAUGGGAAAACAACGACGUAUUGCAUCAGCUCCCAUCAACAUUAGUGAAUUUAUUGAUGAAGAUCAAUUUGCUGUGCCUUCUCGUCAUGAAUUUUCCAAAAAGAAACUUCAAAUUACAUCGAAAAAAGUACGAAGAUCAUACAUUUCAUUCACAAUGGCAACUCAAUUUUUAAAAGAGGGUAAAGCAACUGAUGAUGAUAUGCAAAGUUUAGCUAGUCUAAUUAGCAUGAAUGGUCCAGAUCCGACUCCUGACCUAGAUGAUGAUGAUCAAAAUCCUCAGCUAUUUAAAUAUUCUGAUCAAACGCAGAACGAAAUAUCCGAAAUGAUUGAACAAUUUAAUAAUCAAUUUUUGAAUACUGAUGACAAUUUGGUUGAAAAUGUUGGUGAUCAACACGAACAACGACAAAAUUUCCCAACCGAUAAACGAGAAAUUGUGCAAAACGUAAAACCCUCUUGUCAUGUCCAGGAUUUCACGAUUGAAGCCUUACCGCAUGAGCAAAAGCUUUAUACUCCACCUCCUACUCGUCGUCAUAAUCAUCAAACGGAUUCAUCAAUCGCAAAAUGUAAAAAGAAUUUUGAAUCAAGCGCGGCCAAUUCUUUUGUGACUCAUUCUCGUUUAGAACGUGAGCCUUGUGAUAAGCCUGAUACCAUCCAAAUAGCGUCACUUGUUUCCGAUCAGGGAUCUCAGGAUAAAGCAUCAUUACCGACUAGUUUUGAACCUCAACACCACACUGAUGAAUCAGGACGAAAUGCAUUGCCGUCGUCAUAUCUAAUUGGUGGUGAUGUACACGACCACGACAACCAAAACGACGUCAGAAUCGUCGAGUCAGAAUGUUUUUCAUCGGUUGUAGACGAACAACAUUCUGACUCGAAUUUUUUGGCCAACGAUGACGCCGACGAAGAACACUUUUCGUAUAUUAAGUUAAAUCAGAAUUCAUUUGAACGAUCUAUUGAAGAAAAAUUUGACGAUUCAGCACAAUCGAUCAGCAAUCAAGAAUCUUCAUUCAGCCAUUCAAUGAUGCGACGGUUGCAACAGCAGCAAAAACAAGAAAAAUUUGAACAACAACAACAAUCAGGCUUUUCAACGGCCGAAGAUUUAUUGAGCUGGUGUCAGAUGAUAACGAAAGAUUAUGGUGGUGUUAUGGUGACUAAUAUGACCACAUCAUGGCGCAAUGGCCUGGCAUUCGGUGCAAUCAUACAUCAUUUUCGUCCUGAUUUGAUUGAUUUUGAUUCAUUACAACCAUCUGAUAUUGUUGGAAAUUGUAAAAAAGUAUUUGACGCAGCCUCAAAACUGGGCAUACCAAAAUUGAUAGAUCCAAACGAUAUGAUCGUUUUGAAUGUACCAGAUAAAUUAUCUGUGAUGACCUAUCUAUAUCAAUUAAGAUCAUAUUUUACGGGAAAAUCAAUGAUCGGUUCAGCGACUACCAUCUCCGAUUCUUAUUCGACCAUUGCCGAAGACGAAGCGUUAUUGACAGAUGAUGAUCAAAAUAAUCGGAGUAUUGAUAAUGUAAAAGCCAAAUGUUUAACACUUUUCAAUAGAUUUGAUGGAUUGGAUAAUUCAACGAUGAAGCUAAAUCAAAAGCAGUACUGGCAACAACAGCAGCUGCAUACGACAACCAAUGUAAAACCAACAGGAUUAUCGAAAAAUGAUUGUAAACAAUUGAUGACAAGAAAACAGCUUAUGAAUCCGUUUGAAUCUGAUUCAGAAGAAGAGGAAAUCGAAAUUAUGAAUCGGACACCAUCAAAUAGAGAGCAAUCAUCAAGAGCCGAUUCUACUAACGAAUGCAGUAAUGUUGCUCAACAUGAUGAAACAAGUGAACAACAUGGAAAUAGACAAGGGCAGCCGAUACGAAAACCUCUCCAAUAUCGAAAACCAUUUUCGACGAUGAUGCCUGCAUCACAAUCAACUUUAUCAUUCAAUAAUUAUCGUUCAAUAUCGAUCAAUGAUGAUGAUGAUCAUACUGAAAAAUUAUCUCCAAAUAAUCAUGCUCCCAUCACAUUAUCAUUUAAUAACCAUCAUGUCAAUGUUGUACCCGGAUUAAUUGAUCUAUCCAGUCAUCAGCAUCAAAAACAUCUAUUGCAGCGAACCUUUUCGGCACCAAAUUGUCAACAUCCAUACAACCAUUCCAUAGAAGCGUUAACACGAAAGCGUACGCGAAUGAGAGAAGAAGAACUUCGAGAUCGUGCCCGUAAAUUGAUUGAAUCUAUUCGAUUUCAUUCGACCAGUUCACAACAAUCUGCUCGUAAACUUUCGCAGACUUCACAACCAGAUGAUGAACGUCGUAUGGAGCAGCUACGUGAACGUGCACGUCGUUUAAUUGCUAACGCACGACAAGGAAUGAUGGAUGCGACUAGUUUAGAAUCUUCAUUAUCAAGCUCAACUAAUUCGACAAAUAAUGCUACUCCACAAAUGAUGAGUCCUUCAGAAUCGAUUUCAACUACUCUUCACGGUAAUGAACAGCCAUCAUCAUCAUCCUUGAAUGUCACAGAAGAAUUGUCCAGGAAUCCAGACCAAUCAGUGAAACUGCUUGAAUUUAAUUUCUAUACAUUUAAAACUUGUGAAACAAAAAAUACGCCAACAAAAACUCGACCUGAUUCACAACAAUCUGGACAACAAAAAUCAACUCGUCAAACGAUGUCAACACCAAUUACAAAAACAGCAAAAAAAUCGGAUGACUACAAUGAUUUUCCAACAUCUUUUGAAUCAAUGCAACAAGAAUUGGCUUAUAUUGAUAAGGAACAAAAACGAAUCGAUCGCGAAGCAUCUAUUCUGGAAAAACGUUUACGAAAACUUAUGGAAGCUGGUGGCAAUCCACGAUUGGAAGAAAAAUUAAUACAAAAUUGGUUUGUUUUGGUUAAUAAACGCAAUGCCAUCAUACGUCGACAAAUGCAACUUAAUAUAUUGGAAAAAGAUGCUGAUAUGAAUCGCAGAUACAAUGAAUUGAAUGUCGAAUUACGUGAUCUAAUGCUUAUUGAAGAUUCUCAAAAGACGAAUGUACAACGAACACGCGAAAAACAGCUUCUCGAUGAGCUUGUUAAAAUUGUUGACAAACGAAAUGAAUUGGUUCAACAUUUGGAUAACCAAGAAAAAGCAAUCGAAGAAGAUGAAUUUGUCGAAAAUCAAACACAACGAUCCUUACCUGUCAUUGAUGCUGCAGCAGAUAAAAAUUGUGUGAUACAAUGAAACGUGUUACUUCUGGCUUGUUGAAUCGAUUGGAUUUUGGUCGAAAAAGUAUAUAUACAGAAAUUUCUACAUCUAGUCAAAGUCGUAUCACGAUUUGUUACAUAUACCUGGGCUGUUUUGAUUCAAAAUCAUAAGCAAAAGACAUUCACGAAAGAAUUUAAUCAUACACCAUAUUAUAAUAAUAAUUCGUACUCAAAUUUUUCAUCCUAAUAAAUAAAAAUGUUUUACAAUUAAAAAAAA